ACGAUCAUUUGGACGAGUUCUUGGAGGACCUUAACACCGAUUGGUUGUCAUCCCACGAGAACGAAAACUUACCUACAAAUUACCAUCAAACGAUAGACAACUACUGCUCCAGAUGUAUCCCUGGAAUAAGUUCAUCAAGUUUGACCCAUUAUAUGUGGACAAAAAGAUCGCAAACACAUGUAUAA